ACCAAACAAAAGAGUAAAAGAGAAUCUUGGCAGGCAGUGAAGACUGGAGGGAGGCAGACAGGAAGAAGAAGAAGCAGCAGCGGCCAAAACAGAAGGAUCAAAGCCAAAGGCGUAUUCAAUAAGAAACCUUUCUUUCUUUCAUGACAACACUUCAAUUCAUUUUGUCCUUUCGUUUCAAUCUUCUACCACUUUCCCAAUAUUAUUAUCAUUAUUCUCUUCCAUCCAUCAUUUUCAAUUCCCAUAUAAACAAAAUAAAAUUACCUGAAGCUAGAACUUGAUCGAUUAAUCCACCCACAAGCUUUGUUAAUGGCAGCUUCAACUCCCUCUCACUGAAAUUUUGUGCCUUUACUUUUCUCAGCUACUUUGAGGAAGGAACUAACUACGGGAAUGGCAAAGGAAGAAGAGGCAGGUAGUCCUAGUUGGGCUGCUUCUUUUUUCACGCAGACGACAGGAAAUGUGGCUAGAGUUUCUGCUGCUGCUGCUGCUGUUAGUUCUCCAAUAUCGGCAGGGGUGCAUUCAUCAAAAGAUGAUACUAAUGGUAGCAAACUUCAAAGACUGCAGUAUCAAGUAACAAAAAUGUUAAAGGGCUUUUCACGCCCUCCUGAUGUUGAAACCACAAAUUACAACCCUGAAAUUCUUACUAGUCUGAAGCGUCAAUGGGCGGCUAACUUCCAGUUGCAACAUAUGGACAAUCAGUCUUGGAAGGAGCCCUCACGACUGUUUGAGAGCAUGGUGGUUGUUGGACUUCAUCCUAAUAGUGAUGUUCAGGCACUGCAAAGGCAAUAUGUUGACAGAGAGUUUGAAGGAUCUGGUAAAUUGAGGAGUGUACUUAGUUAUCAGAAUCAAUCUCGCGUUGAACCCAAUAUUGAACCUCAGGUCUUAUUUGUUUACCCUCCAGAAAAACAGCUGCCUCUUAAAUGCAAGGAUCUUCUUUCUUUCUGUUUCCCUGGUGGCUUGGAGGUCCGUGCCGUUGAGAGAACCCCUUCCAUGAGUGAGUUGAAGGAAAUCAUCUUUGGGCAGGAACACCUUAAACAAAGGGAUCUUUCAUUUGUAUUCAGGUUACAGGGUGCUGACAACUCAAUACUAUAUGGGUGUUGUGUCCUAGUUGAAGAACUAGUGCAAAAGCCCUCUGGAUUGCUCUCUCUGAUUCCUGAUAAGCAGCCAUCUUACCCUUCUUUGAGACGUCAUGCAUUAAUCACUCAGAGAUGCUACUGCAUUCUUUCAAGACUUCCAUUUUUUGAAUUGCACUUUGGUGUAUUAAAUAGCAUCUUCACACAAGAAAGGCUUGAGUGGUUGACAAAAAGUGUUGGAGAUUUAAAUUUAGAAGUUUUUGAAGGUAACUAUGAGGAUGAAAACUCAGAUAGUGAUCCCGAGAGUGUGGUGGUGGGUGAUGGACCCAUUGAAGACAGAUUUGAUGGAAAUUCAAUAAUUUCUCAAUCAAGAGGAGAAAAUUCUGCACCUGAAAACAAUGUGAGUGAUGGUUAUCCAGAGAACCUAAUGGCUAGUGGGGAGGUGCAAACAUAUAAUGAGAGUUAUGAUAAUGUUGUGCCCGCCGAGCCUGAAACUGAUAGGAGUAGGACCGCAGUCAAAGAAGAGUCUAGCCCUUCAAAUUCUAGAGAUAGUGAUGAGUAUGAAGAUGGACCCAUAGAAGACAGAUUUGAUGGAAAUUCAAUAAUUUCUCAAUCAAGAGGCGAAAAUUCUGCACCUGAAAACAAUGUGAGUGAUGGUUUUCCAGAGAACCUAAUGGUUAGUGGGGAGGUGCAAACAUAUAAUGAGAGAAUCAACUAUGAUAAUGUUGUACCCGCUGAGCCUGAAACUGAUAGGAGUAGAACAGCAGUCAAAGAAGAGUCUAGCCCUUCAAAUUCUAGAGAUAGUGAUCAGUAUGGAGAUGCUUUAGAAACCAACAAAAAGUCAAAAGAUAGUCAUUUGCCUCAUGCUAUUUUGCCCCUUCUACGCAAUUGCCAGUAUGAAAGCUCUGAAUCUUCCUGCAGCAUUCAAGGAUCACCUUGUGAAGACAAAAAUUUUAGGAGUGAAAUUGAUGAUAAUGAGACAGAAGAUGCAUCUUUCUCUGGCCAAGAGGAUAUAAAUGACUUGAAUGAUAUUCUUCAAUGGGCUAAGGAACAUAACCAUGGACCUCUACAAAUUAUAAGUGAGUAUUAUCGCUUAAGUUGCCCAGCCAGGGGCUCAACACUUACGUUUCAUCCUUUGGAACACUUGCAUCCCUUGGAGUAUCAUAGACCAGCAGGGACAGUUCCACAUCUGGUUGGUUCAACUGUUGAUUUGAAAGCUUGCAAUGCUGGGCAGGAGUUAGCUAAUGCCCAUAAUUCUCUUCUGGUGGAAGACGCAACUGCAUUAUCGAUAUGGACUGUAGCUUGCAUAUGCGGUAUCUUGAGACUUGAAAAUGUGUUAACAUUCUUUGCCGCAGUUCUGCUAGAGAAGCAGAUAGUUGUUCUCUCUUCGAAUUUGGGAAUCCUAUCUGCUUCAGUUUUAUCAGUUAUUCCACUAAUCCAGCCUUACCGAUGGCAAAGCCUACUAAUGCCAGUUUUACCAAGUGACAUGCAUGAGUUUUUAGAUGCACCUGUCCCUUAUGUGGUUGGUAUCACGAAUAAGAACAGUGAAGUUCAGUCAAAGUUUGCCAACGUUAUACUGGUUGAUGCUGAUAGAAACCAGGUGAAGUCACCAACAAUACCACAACUUCCAAGACAGAAAGAGCUAGUCUCUUCUUUACGUUCCUAUCAUGCAACUCUUGUAGGCGAAAGUUACUUGGGGAGGAGAAGGCCAGUGUAUGAGUGCACAGAAGUGCAGAUUGAAGCUGCAAAGGGGUUCCUUUCGGUGUUAAGGUCUUACUUGGAUUCUCUUUGCUAUAACAUCCGUUCCCACACGAUUACUAAUGUACAAUCCAAUGAUGAUAAGGUAUCUUUGCUUUUGAAGGAGAGUUUCAUUGACUCAUUCCCUUACCGUGAUCGAGCUUUUAUGAAGCUUUUCGUGGAUACACAGCUUUUUUCAGUACAUACAGACCUUGUUCUCUCUUUCUUACAAAAGGAAUAGGAUUAUAGGACUGCCAUUCAAAACAUUCUGGGAACAUUGUUGUCGUUUUUCAGGCUUGAAUGCAUGUUCAGUGUUGUGUAAUUUUUUAUUUUGAUUUAAAUUUUUCUCCUUUUACAUGUUUACCGGCCCCUUUUUUGUCCCUUUAGGCUCUUUGGAUGGGGCACCUGUAAUUAAUUAUAAUUAUUUAAAUUACAUAUUUUUAUAUGGACAAAAAAUGUCCUAAAAUUUAUUUAGUGUUUCAUUCUAUGCAAUUGUCUUUUUUC